AUCUUUGAAUACGGGCGCCUGAGCCACUUCAUAGACGGGAAGGGCGCGUCUGGCAACUGGAUGUCCCUGGUGAACUGCGCCAGGUUCCCCGAGGAGCAGAAUUUGACGGCGAUCCAGUGCCAGGGGCAAAUCUUCUACGAGAGCUGCAAGGAAAUCUUACCAAAGCAGGAGCUGCUGGUGUGGUACGGCGAUUGCUACGUGCAGUUCCUGGGCAUCCCCGUCAGCCUGAAGGGCAUUCCGGAGGGGAAGAGACCCCCGCAGCACCCCGAAGAAGCCGGGGAGAGCUUUAAGUGUGAGCGCUGCGGCAAGGUCUUUGCCUACAAGUACUACCGGGACAAGCACCUCAAGUACACUCGCUGCGUGGACCAGGGGGACCGCAAAUUUCCUUGUCACCUUUGCAACCGAUCCUUCGAAAAAAGAGACAGGCUGAGGAUCCAUAUUCUCCACGUUCACGAAAAGCACCGACCCCACAAGUGCUCAGUGUGUGGGAAGAGCUUUUCUCAAUCCUCCAGCCUGAACAAACACAUGAGGGUUCACUCCGGGGAGCGCCCCUACAAAUGUGUCUACUGCAACAAGGCAUUCACAGCCUCCAGCAUCCUGCGCACCCACAUCCGCCAGCACUCCGGGGAGAAACCCUUCAAGUGCAAGCACUGCGGCAAAGCCUUCGCCUCGCACGCAGCCCACGACAGCCACGUGCGCCGCACGCACAGCAGGGAGAAGGGCUGCGCUUGCUCCGUGUGCGGCCAGCACUUCCCCGAGCAGGAGGAUUGUCACUUCCACAUGAAGAUUCACGCCGCUCAUUAG